AUGGCGAACACCGUCCAACUCUUACCCCUCAACUCCUCUUUUGUUCAAAACCUUCCCAAAGACAAUUUAAGAGAAGUUAUUUGUAAUGUCAAACAAAAGUGGCAGAUACGUUGUGUUGCCAACAAACAAACAAACAACUCAAUUACUAAACGAGACUCUAGCUAUUACAAGCCGAGCUCCUGGAGUCAUCAGUUCAUGAUGUCUAUGGGAGAUGAUCCCCAGAAGAAUGUUCCAAAGGAGAGUAGCAUAAGGAAGUUGGAGGAGGCAGUGAAAUACAUGCUUGAUGAUGAAGGUAUGGAGCCAUUGGACACACUUCAAUUAAUAGAUGAAAUUCAACAUCUAGGCAUGGGAUAUCGUUUCAGAGAGAGUACAAAAUGUGCCCUCGGCAGAAUUAUACGUUCAGGAAAAGUUAUGAAGAAAAUGGACCAUAGUAUUCAUACUUGUGCUCUCUACUUCUCCCUCCUUAGACAACAUGGAUAUGAGAUUUCUGCAGAUAUUUUCGAGAAUUUUCAGGACCACAAUGGCAACUUCAUGGGAAGCCUGGCCCAGGAUGUUCCAGGAUUGUUAAGGUUGUAUGAAGCUUCACAUGUGGCAUAUACUGGAGACAAUAUAUUAGACGAGGCAAGAGAAUUCACAACUAUGAACCUCAAAGAAAUGCUGGGAAAAAUUGACAUGAAAAUGGGU